GAUGGAUCGACGGAAAAUAGUUUUGGGGCGCCAAGCCAUCAAGCGUGGAGCUCGGGACUAACAGCUAUGCAUUUCCAGGAGUGGUUACAAUCACUUCGAUCCCACGCAGGACUCAAAGUUUACGAAUCAGAGGACUCCUGGAGUCUGCUGUCGUCCCUACCUUCGUCCUUCUCGUUGUCCUCGUUGUCCCUGCUGGGUUUAGGAGCCAUUGCCUCCGUCACCGCAUACUGGCUGGUGACCCGUCCACGCCCCAUGCGUCCUCCAUGUGACCUUCAGGCCCAGUCUGUAGCUGUCGAUGGGGACCCCAGCUGCAGGCGAUCUGCUCUUCUUCAAGAUGACUCGCCGCUGGAGUUCUACCAUGACGACACCAGAACGGCUUACGACAUGUUCCGGCGAGGCCUGAGGAUUGCAGGUAAUGCACCAUGUCUUGGUUUCAGGAAGCCAGGCCAACCCUACCAGUGGAUAUCCUACACUAAGGUGGCCGAACAAGCACAGGCGCUAGGUUCUGGUCUGCUGGCAAAAGGCUGCAAGCCCAACCCACAACAAUUUGUUGGUAUAUUUGCACAGAACAGACCAGAGUGGAUCAUUACAGAGCUGGCCUGCUACACUUACUCCAUGGCCCUGGUUCCUCUGUAUGAGACACUGGGGCUGGAGGCCAUGGUCCAUAUUCUCCACCUGGCGGAGAUCUCCUUGGUGGUGUGCGACCGUGAGGAGAAGGCUUCCUCCCUUUUGGAGAACAAGGAGAAGGGCAUCACUCCAAAACUCUGCUGUCUGGUUCUUUUCGACGACUUCAGCGAGGCCUUCAUGGAGAGGGCGAGGGGAUGCCAGGUGGAGGUUCUCAAAUUGAUAAAUUUAAUGGAUCUGGGAAGGCAGAACCUAAAAGAUCCUGUGCCCCCCCAGCCUCAGGAUCUGGCCGUGGUUUGCUUCACCAGUGGAACCACAGGCAAGCCUAAGGGAGCCAUGAUCACCCACGGCAACAUCGCCUCAAACACUUCCUCUGUCAUUAAGAUCCUGGAGGGUUCCUUUGUCAUCCGACAAGAAGACGUUUCCAUCUCCUACCUGCCGUUGGCACACAUGUUUGAGAGGAUGAUUCAGGUGUCCAUGUUCUGCCACGGAGCUCGAGUGGGCUUCUACCAAGGAGAUAUUUCCCUCCUGAUGGAUGACAUCAAAACUCUCAAGCCCACCUUCUUCCCCGUCGUGCCCCGUGUCCUGAACCGCAUUUACGACAAGAUCCUGGGCUCGGUGACGUCUCCGCUGAGGAGAGCUUUGCUUCACUACGCCGUAAAGAGGAAGCAGGCCGAGCUCAGCAGCGGCGUCGUACGCAACAACAGUCUUUGGGACAAACUGGUCUUCAACAGGAUUCAGGCCAACUUCGGAGGAAACCUGCGUUUCGCCUUGACCGCAUCGGCGCCCAUCUGCCCCACGGUGCUCUCCUUCCUCAGAGCCACGCUGGGAUGUCUCAUCUUCGAAGGCUACGGCCAGACAGAGUGCACAGCGGGAUGCACAUUCUCCAUGCCAGGAGACUGGACCGCAGGACAUGUUGGCGCUCCUUUGCCCGGUGCUACAGUCAAGCUGGUGGACAUCCCUGAGAUGAAUUACUAUGCAAAGAAUGGAGAGGGAGAGAUCUGUAUCUGUGGUCCCAGCGUGUUCCGAGGCUACUUGAAGGACCCCGAAAGGACGGCGGAAGCUUUGGACAGUAACGGCUGGCUGCAUAGUGGAGACGUGGGCCAGUGGCUUCCAAACGGGACGCUGCGCAUCAUUGACAGGAAGAAGCACAUCUUCAAGCUGUCGCAGGGAGAGUACAUCGCUCCAGAGAAGAUAGAAAACGUGUACACGCGCUGCACACCUGUGCUCCAGGUCUUUGUGCAUGGGGAUAGUUUACAGUCUUACCUGGUAGGCAUAGUCGUCCCUGACCCUGAGGUUUUCGUGGUCUGGGCUAAGGAGCGAGGAUUUGUGGACUCGUAUGAAGAACUGUGUGAAAUUCCUGACGUAAAGAAGGCAGUGUUGGAGGACAUGAGAGUGGUUGGAAAAGAGGCAGGCCUCAAAUCCUUUGAACAAGUGAGGGACCUCCACUUGCACCCGGAAACGUUCAGCGUGGCCAACGGCCUUCUCACGCCCACGCUGAAGAGUCGACGUGCCGACAUCCGCAGACUGUUCCAGGAGCAGAUAGCCAGCAUUUACGGCAAGACAGCCUUGUGAGGGGAAAAAAAAAAAUCAAACGGCAGCACCUGCUAAAGCAUCGACGACACAUUGGAAACAUCUACCAAGUGCCUAAAGAUACGUGUUUUACUUCACUAAUUUACACAAAUCUCUUAGAUAUUCACUCUUAACAUGUACAUUGUGAUCUAAUGGGACCAAAAGCAUUGUUUUACUUCGAGUGGAACAAAUAUUUGUUUCUUAACUUUUAGCGACACGUUGCAUUACUUGAAAAUGUGUAUGUUUUUUAGCCUCACUUGUAACAUGCCUUCCCUCUUUUGUCGUUCAUUUCCCCCUAUUUGGUUUUAUAAACCUAACGUGAUCCGUUGAAUGACUCGGCAGCGAUGUCUUGUAAAUAUGGCUUUGCUUCAGAGUGGGCACUACCGAAUUGUGUAGUUCACUAAACAGAAAAUAAAUAAUUAUUUCUUACCUGUUUUAGUUCCACUUUUGAAAGGACACUCAUGAAGUGGUAACUUAGUAAAAAGACAACCAGAACCAGUCAUUUAUGAGAGCAAAGUCAGUUCUCAUAGAUCAUUUAUUUUCUGAUUGUACGUUAAAACAGCUAAACAUUGUCACCAAAAUGAAGUUUACAAACUGGAAUAAAACCUUCUGUGAAAAGUACCGGUACUUACUGGUGGAAAAAAUAAAUUAACUAUAUUGUUUAAAAGGAGUAUUACGGUCACACUGAAUACAAAAAGAAAAAAUACGAGAACAAGUCCUAUUACAAGAAAGAAGUGGUUAUGUUACUCGAAUAAAGUUGUCUAAAAAAAAUAAAAAUGUAAUCUGUAAGAUGGUUAAAAAAAUAUUUUUUUUUUUUCAGUUAUGUUGAUAAAACUAAAUAGUCAGGGAAAAUGUCCUAAUUUAAGAGAACAGUUGGUUUAGUGGGAAAAGCUGCAAAAUUACAAGAAUUGUAACGAAAAAGUUACAAUGAAGUGGUAAAAUUACCACAGUUGGGGUAGGAGAAUGAAAGUUAUGAGUAAAAAGUCCUUGUUACAUGAAGUCAAUUUUACAAAAGAAAAAGUAACAUUACAAGAAUACAGUGCAAAAAAUUGCAUUAAAAGAAUAAAGUUAAAAAAAAUACAAGUCAGGAGAAUAAAGUUGUAUAAUGUGUAAUAUUUCGACUAUAUACAUUUCCCGUCUUCCCUUGUAAUUCUGAUUUCUUAUUCUUAGUAUUUUUUCUUUUCAGUGUGUCCCUAAUACUCUUUAAAAAUACAGAAACAACAACAACAAAAAACUUCAUUAGUUACAAUGGGACCUUCCUUAAUCAAUAUUUAUCUUCAGGUAAAAUCUACAAUACAUUAAGUCAAAAACAAGGCAAUUAUAUGACGCUGUAAAGAACAAAGUAGGAGCACCCAGUGUGCAUCUGUGACCUUUUACGUCUUGCCAUAAUGGCAGACAGUUUGGACGCUUUUGAAACAAGUCUUUUCUUCCCACUAGAGGGAGCACGAGGCUUGAUUUUUGCAGUGAGGCUAAGCACCAGACUUCCUCAUGUCCUCAUUCCUCAUCAAAGAUAACGUAAACGUGCGUGGGGAACAAAAACCCGAUUAAAAACAUGUCAGAUGUUUACAGGAAGAAGAAAAAAGCUAAAAGAUAGAAGCAUCUACAGAAGAGUGAUUGUGUCUGCUUACCUUGACAAAAACUAAUAUCAAAUAGGGACAUACUACAGAUACCCUUCAAGUAAAAACACAUUUUUGGGAAAAACAUUCAACCAAAUUACCACUAUAUUACAACUGACGUCAAGUGAACUGGAGUUUAAAACAAAGUAAAACGCCUAAUUAGGGAGAAAGGCAGGAAACGCAGCAGAACAAAACAUUGUGAAACGAUCACCGGAAUGCUUAAUGUUCACGAUAACAUACGAACGUGCGUGGGGUGCUGCUGUUUUGGGUAGCAAGAGAGUGUAAAUGGGCACACCACAGUCUGUGUGAGAACAAUAGCAUCUAUGAAUUGGACUAAUUAUAUUUAAUAUACAAGCGUGUAUUUAUCUCAAAUACACGUUGUUUAUUUACACUGUUGCUAACCAAAACAGCAGUACCUAAAGCAGAGUUCAAAUGGGCACACGAUGACGACGAUGAACUGAGGUCAUUAUACUUACGAAUAAGGUUCCAAAAUUUGUGGAAUUUUCAAAGUUGGAAAAUUUCCACGGAAAUUAACAGGAAGUUGUAAGACUGUUAUACACCUGGAAUUCACAAAAUUGAUGGUUGGCUCGUCAUACGAAAUAUAAAUAUAGCUGGGGAAAAUAUGUUUUAGCAUCAUAACGACAGAUUUUCAGUAGGAGUAAUAUUUGCAUUUGCUCUUAAAUGAAAGAAUUGAUCAUUCAAUAAAAUAUUUCGAACUUGAUCAAAUUCAAUUUCCAAAUACAUCUGUUGAAACAAACACUUAAUGGUAUCGCUUUGCACGUAUGUCAAAACAAAAUCUUUAUAUUUAUGCUUGAAUAUGAAACCUUUUGUAAAAUUCCCCAGCCUAAUUUCUCAUGAAAUUUUACUCCAAAAUUUCGGAAUAUUUGCCAAUAACUUUUCCACCCCUUUGGAACCCUACUUACUACAAACACAUAUUUAUCUGAAUGACUCUCAUUAGGUGCUGCUGUUUAGGUUAGCAACAGAGUUCAAUGGGAAAACCAGCCAUUGUCUCGAAUGACACUCCCUCCUUUUUUUUCUGUUGGGAAAAAGGGAGCUGAAGACUUGAAGGAAGGGGUUUACAGAAUGAUGCACCUGGUGACUAAUUUGAGCACGGCAUCUAUUAGAAGGACGGCCACUAUUUGAAAGCGGAAGAAGUGUAUGCUGGUCUUGGCUGAUGGCUUUGUUAAUGU